AAACUCUUUGCGAAUUCGAUUUACAGACCUCUCUUUCGCGUCAUAUGUUGUUAUUGUAUCCUUCCGCUGCAGUCGUACUAGGAAAGAAUCCGAGCAAAACAGCUGUCUUGACCCGUGUGCCAUCGAAUUGUUACUUGAGGAAUCCCGGUCGGAUAUCUCAGAUCCACACCCUGUCAUUCGUUUGACAAUGAAGUUCCAAUACAAAGAGGAGCAUCCAUUUGAGAAGAGACGGUCCGAGGGCGAGAAAAUAAGGAAGAAGUAUCCGGACAGGGUGCCUGUAAGUAGCUAGCUAGGCUAACAUAGCCUAACUGUGUUUUUCUACUCAAUAGGGAAGCAUUUGGAUAUAAAAAAUAGUAUUGAGAUUAGUCAUCCCAAUUAGAUAACGGUAACGUGAUACCUGCUCAAGCCAGGUCAUGUUUGGUUUUGGUGAAUUUUCAUAACGACGCCAAAGCAGGGCAGCUGUAUUCGUUUACUAGCUAGCUAUCGCGUUAGCUUUUGUAUUUGGGUUGGCAACAACAAAUGGCUUCUUAUGGGCCUACCUUGUUCGUCGCAGUUUAGUAGACCAGUAAUAAUUCUAUUCAACAUUGAAUGGGAUUUUAUUUUUUACUAGUAAGCAAUCUGUCAACAUGUUUGAUGUUAAUACAUUGAGACAGACACAGUGUUUAAUAAGACAUAGGUAACUAGUUUAACAUCCUUAUAAAACAAUCGGAGAUAGUAGCUUAACUAACAACCAAGUUUAUGUGAAACAUUUACAGCUUAAGGGUGUUCCAAGUAGUUUGUGUUGAAAGAAGUGUACCCUAAAUAGCCUAGAGCUGGUGUCAAUAAGCAGUCCUUCGCAUUUGGCCCCUCUGUAGGUAGAUUGUUUACAGUCUACACCGUGUCCUCUCGUUCUGAAGCCCCCCCCCCCCCCCCUUUUACUUGUUAGAAUGUUUAGGGCAGAAAUGUCAUUAGAUUCCUCACUUCAUUCUCAAGGAUUGCGUAAGUACGAUUUGUUCUGUCAACAAACUUGAUGUUGUUCAGAACUUUGUUCUGAUAAUCCUCCCAGAACGAAAUAUAUUUUCCUCAUUUGUAAGGCCUAACUAUCCAAAUUAAAGAUGGUGUAAACCAGGGUUCUUCAAUUCCGGUACCUGGGAGGGCUGGAAAACUCUGUUUUUCAUCCUCUCCUUCUAAUCAGGGGGCUGAAGUUCAGACCUGGGACACCCAAGGGUGAGUGACAAUUAACUACCAGGUAGAAAUAAAAAACAGAAGUGUUUUCGGCCCUCCAGGACCGGAAUUGACGAAAACACCUGGGUAAAACGAUCUGUAAAAAUACUUGGUGCAGGUUUUAUGCACUGGCCUUAGAGCACAGGGAAGUAUUCUUUCUCUGUGAGAUUUGGUUUCAUUUCAACUCCCCACUCAAGAAUUCUGUCCUGUAGGUACUUGCUACUUGGCAGUGUAGAAAAACCAACUUGUCCACUAGACAUCAGCUUGACAUAGCAGUGUAAUCAAAAUGGAGAAGUAAGAAAUGAGCCCAAGCCAAUGGACCAUGGUUUCUGAAAAUCACCUCGCACCGUGAGGUAUUGCAGGUCUCAAAUAAAACAGUGCAUUUUCUCAGAUCCCCUUUUAAAUUGAAAUGGUGAACAAGAAGCUUUGAAUAGUUGCCAAGCGUACGAUACGAUUAUGAAUGUAAGAGUUAUUCAUGUAAAAAAGUAAGGCAAUUUUUUUGACACUGUCAACAAACUUCACAUUGUUGGAUACAUAGCCACACAAUAUUUAGGCCUAUACUGAAUGCUUUUCUUCUUUUUAUUUCAGGUAAUUGUGGAAAAAGCCCCCAAAGCAAGGAUAGGAGAUUUGGACAAGAAGAAAUACCUUGUGCCCUCCGACCUCACAGGUAACUUGAACUGUUAUAACAGUGCCACCCAUGUAUCACAAACGCAUACCAUUCUUUUCAGAACUGUAAUAGUUAAAUUCCUCUACUACAGUGGGCCAGUUCUACUUCCUCAUCCGAAAACGAAUCCACCUGCGGGCCGAGGACGCCCUAUUCUUCUUUGUAAACAACGUCAUUCCCCCCACCUCAGCCACAAUGGGCCUGCUAUACCAAGUAUUAUAUAUUUUUUUACACUCCCCUCUCUCACUUUUCUGCUGCUUGUUCCUAUGGGGAUUGGGAUGCAAUUCAGGGAAGCCUCCCCCUCCCUCUGUUUUGUCAACUCAUACCAACACCUCUUUAUCUCUCUCGCUCUCUUUCAGGAGCACCAUGAAGAGGACUUUUUCCUCUACAUUGCCUACAGUGAUGAGAGUGUCUAUGGAGACAACCAAACAGAAAUCUGAACCUCCUCCUUUCCUCAUCCAAGUCCUCUUCCCCAAACCUCACCCUAUAGCUAUAUCCAGCUCAGCAGCCUAGAGUUCCCAGAGCAAAGACGUCACUCCCCCUCGUGUUAUCCCUCCGUUUUUACAGCUUUAGUACUAUUCCUACAGUGUGAAUUUUAUUUGCCUCCAGGUCUUCGAGAUAGGGAUUUCGGUUGAAUGGUCCUGUAAGUCAGUUUUCGUAGUGCUUUGAUCAUGCUGAAACAGAUAGAGAAGAGAUGCCAUUUUGAAAUUACUGAUAGAAUUAGGCCAUGUUACCAGUUAUUCUAAAGAUACGGGGAAAAGAAAAGAGGUAGCCUUUGGAUCUACCGUGAUAGGUUAAAUUCUGCUCCAUUUGGCAAUUAAAAAAUGUGAUGUGUUUUAUUAAUGUAGCAGUGCUGGUAAGAUACUUUAAAGACUUAGUGUAUUUGACAUCUGACUGGAGUAGAAUAGAAUUCAAACUGAACAAUCAUCCUCCCUCUGCUUUCAGUGGUUAAAAAAUAUAUUAUUUUGAUUGAUUAUUGUUAUUAUUGUACCUAAUUUUUUGAUUUCUGAAAGGUAUUGUAAAGGUAAUUUUUUUAUGUUUUCUUUUUUAAAAGUUGGAACUCGUUAUACAGCUGCGUUACUGGCAUUCUCUCCACUCAUGAUCAUACAUGAUAAAAUGUGAUAAAAACCCAA